GCCAUCUGUCGGCCAUUGGAGUCAAUACUUAUUGUCGUUACAAUUGUUUCGCCAUUUAUUGUCUCCUAUUAUUUGGACUCAAUUUGUGACAACAGAUCCUCUCUUCUCAAUCACUUACCACUCGUUUCUUGCAUUUUGACAUUCAUUAGCGACACUCUCUUCGCCACAACAGUCAUGUCGGCCACCGAACAGAUGAGACAGAUGUUGGAUCAGCUGAUGGGCACCGCCAGAGAGGGAGAUGAGUCCAAACAUCGGUAUCACUUCACUGACCAUCGGGUGUGCAAAAGCUUUCUGUUGGACUGUUGUCCGCACGACAUCCUGGCCUCGACGAGAAUGGACCUAGGUGAAUGCAACCGUUACCACGAUCUGGCGCUUAGGGCCGACUACGAGAAAGGGGCCAAAACCAAGGACUACGGCUAUGAUGUGGACGUAAGUAUUGAUUGAUUUGUUUGAUUAUUGAACACUCGAUACCACAUCCUAUCAACACUUGAUUACAAUUUUUUAAUACAAUUUAUAUAUAUUAAUGAAAUCGGAG